AUGUUGUCGGCGUCCACGCAGGUAGUGCCGUACGUUGAGUCGAGUACUGCGGUUGUUUCCACUGCAAAACCGGUUCUGUACUCAAAACCGACAAAAUCACCCUCCUACACGACGCCCACUAGCUACUCAACUGCCCGAACAACAACACUGUAUCCGAAACCAGUUCAGUAUGUAACCAUCAAGGUACCCUACAACAAACCUAACGUGGCAGCACCUCCCAGGCCAACCGUUAACUUGAUUCAAGUUCAAGUUUCGACUACCAAACCACCGUACAGCAAACCAGCUGUGUACUUACCGUCUAGUACAACAGUUUACACUAAACCAACUCAACCAUAUUCAACAGCAAAGCCAGCAUAUUCUACCCCAAACACAUACACGACUGUUAAACCAGCUGUUUACACAAGACCAGCUCAAUAUUCCACAACCAGCAAACCUUAUUACACAUCAAGUGCACGUCCCACAGCUAACACAACCGUCUACCAGGCACCAAUUGAACCAAUUAUUCUAAACCUAGCAUACAAUUCUUCAGUAACUUAUCCUCCUGUGACAACCACAACAACCACAACCACCACAAUCACAGCCCAGCCAGCAUACGUCCCACCAAAUCGACCCAUUAGUCAGUUGAUCAUUCACCACGGACCUUAUGGGGCUGUUUUCAACCAGCCAAUUCCAAUAUACAAUCCACUGCCCUACCGACCAGUCGCGCCUCAACGGCCUAAUGUGGCGCCAAUACUACAGUACUACCCUGAUAAACCGUACCAGUCAACAGAAGUGGAAAAACCAGUUCAGAUGCCAAACCAAAUGCCAUCCAACUCCUACCUGCCAAUACUGCCAGUUCAACCGGUGAUUGAGACGUACGACCCACAACAACCGCCGUACAGCAGCUCACAGCAGACAAAACCUCCUCCACCAGUUUACCGUCCACCAAAGCCAAUUGAAAAUGAGUAUCCUGAACAGCCCAUGUAUUCAAUGGACCAACAGCAACAGUACCAGCCCCCAAAGCCAAUCGUCAUUAACGCACUUCCUGAGUAUCGACCACCACCAGCACAGUCUGCAUACGUUGACUCAUCAAAACCGCCUUCAUCAUAUGAGUACAAUAAGCCAACAAGGCCGCCCUUUUCACACAUAAACUACUACCACCCACCAAAACCAAUAACAUCUCCGCCGGCAAAACCAAACGACUACUACAAUCCUACUAGACCAACUCCGAAUCAAACACCAAAGCCAACCUACCUAUUAAACUAUUACAUUCCGAACAAACCAAUCUCAUCACAGCCAGCAAAACCACCUCAAAACACUUACUACUUUCCACCAAAGCCAGUGGCAUAUCAACCAAACCGACCACAACAGUCUUUCUACCGCCCUCCAAAACCCAUUGAUCACAUCGAUCCAGAUAGUCCGCAUUUGAACUUUGAUGAUAACGAUGCAGAUGACUUGCUAGAAACUGCGUUUGAGCUGGCUGAUGAUUACGAUAAGAAAGAUAAAGAAAAAGAUAUUGAAAACAUGAAAAACGUUGAUAAAAUUGCAAACGAUGCCAAAAAGAAUGCAAAA